AAGUAAAGCCGGAUAUAGAGAGCUUGAGAGACGACAGCGAGAGAGUCUGUUGAUCUUGCGUUGGCACCACUUCCCCUUUCCUGGGUUUGAGGGAAAAUGACUGUGAUUAAGAGCAUCGCUGUCACCCUGAUAACACUGUGUGUGAUCUGUGGGGCCCACUCACCAGAUAAAGACGGGCUCUUGUCACACAGUCUGCAGUGCUACAAUGACUACAAGUCCUACACUGCCUGUACCUGGAGAGAGAGUGUGGAAGCACACAGACUGCGACCCAUGAAGCUGUACCACCUCAACUACAUAGAUACAUGGGAUGAGUUGGAAUGCAAGCAAACCAGCCCCCUUGAAAACAUCUCUGCAUCUGUGAUUGGCUGGAGUUGCUUGGAGAAUGUCACCAGUUUUGCCGUUGGGAAAAAAGAGCAGUACAUGUUCAAACCCUCAGUGCCAAUUCCAGUGCUGAACAAGAGCGUAAAUCUGUCUGAGAAUGUCAGACCACGACCCCCGCGUGACCUGCAUGCUAACCUGAGCGAAGAAGGGAACAUCACCUUGAGCUGGCAGACAGAUUACCCGCCCGGCAACCGUCUCCAUGGGCGGCUCCAAUACCAGAUCAGCUACAAGAGGGCCUUCCAGGAUUGGCAGAGCUCAGAGCUGGUUCUGAUUUCAGAAGACGUGACCCAGUUUGCGUUUGGGACAUCACUUCUCAUAGCGGGGAGUGAGUAUGAGGCGCGAGUGAGAGCCAGGCUUCAAGGUAACGGAAAGUGGAGUGAGUGGAGCCCCCUGGUGGAUUGGAAGACUGCAAGAGCGGAGGAUGCAAACCCUCAAAACCUACAGUGUGAUUCUGAUGGACUGCAAGAGGUCACCUGCACGUGGGAGGUCAGGAGAGAGCUGGCAGAAUCUUUGAAAUUCAACCUUACCUACCGUGAUGGCUCCGCGGGAGAAGAGAAGGUGUGCAGUCCAGAAGCAGUGAGAUCCAAUCCAGAAGAGCCAGUCGUCCUCUUUCAGUGCAAAUUCCCCACAACGAAUUUCUCUGAGGUCCUGAUCAGCGUGAAACCAGCAGAAGAGCGCAAGGAGAUCAUAGCCAGCCAUAACAUUAAGCCCUGGCCUCCGACCAACGUCUCUGUUCAGCUGGUGAACAAAGAUUUUGUUCUGAGCUGGAAAGCCGUUCCUCUGAAGUACUCGUUCAUCCGGACGAAAACUGAAAUCCGCUACAAGCCAGCCGAGGAUGCCUGGGAGGCAGCGUAUGUUGUAGAGGCCUUGCAGGGGGCUUCCAGUCACUCCCUCUCAGCGGAGAAGCUCCGCCCCUCCACCAGGUACACCGCGGAGGUGAGGAUGACCACCGUCCCCACAAACUGUCCGAUCUGCUACAAGGGGCUGUGGAGCGACUGGAGCCAGGAGGUCAGCUGGGAGACACAGGCAGAGUUCAUGAUUCCAGCCUAUCUGGCCAUGCUGCUGUUUUCCAUUGCUGUUCCUGUUGCGUUGGUGUAUGGAUACAAGACAUGCAAACGGUUGAAGAAUAACUGGGACAUCACGAUUCCCAGCCCUCUAAACAGCAAGGUCCUGGCAGACAGACACGGGGCAGCCCAUGGUCCUCUCCUGUUCUCUCAGGACAGUAUGGAGGACGCCUGCAUCAGCAAGGUGCAGAUCUUGGAGUGUCCUCUAGCCUCAUGGACUGAGGAGAUGAUGAUUGAAGACGGGCUGUACCAACAGUUUGCAGGGAAGGACUUCACAGUGAAGAGCCUGGUUAAGGCACUGGCCUACUGGCCGCUGAACGACCAACACUCUCAUACUCUCACAAAAGAGAGCUCAUCUUUUCAUUUCAGCGGGCCCUACAUCCUGUGUCCACGCUCCAGUUCUCUUCCAGAUGUGAUCCUAGCAUCCGGACGGGAUUCAGAAGUAAACAGAGGAACUAGAGUGGGAUACGUCUCCACCCAACCUCAGGUACCUCACCAGAGCCUGUCCCUCAUUGUGGGAAGCCUUUCUGAGAUUCCUCACAAGAUAAACGGGUACAUCGAUGGUUCUUUACUGACGGGAGCAAGCAGAGCAGAAUCGGAAGAGUUGAACCCAGAAAAGGGGAACGUUGAUUCUUCGGGUUACGUCCCUGCUGCGGAUUUGUUUCAAGGACCUCCGAAUGGAUUUCCUCUUAAGCCGGAAGUUCAGUGCAUUGGGGAUUCGGCUUUCCAAGAUGGGUAUAUUCUCGGACCCCUUCCUGAUUUGGACUUGCCAGGGAAGGCUGCAGAUCUUUCAGGGUCGGAUGUGGGCGAGAGGGUUCCUGAGGCGAUGGGGAGCUGUGAGGCUAACCGGCCUUCGAUCUCACUUCCAGACAGCAUCAUCCAGAGUCAUCCAACCCAACCAGAUGGGUAUGUAGGAGAGAAGGACUGCCUCUCGCAACCAGACCUCCCCACCGCGCCUCUUCUUAUGAAGCAGGUUGGGGACUAUUGUUUCAUCCCGGACCCCCAGGGACGAGACUGGGGUUCAUCUCCACCUUCUGGGGUCUACGUUCCCAAUCCUGCCUCCUGCACCAAUCCUGAGAAAGGACACCCCAAGCAAAGCAAGCCUGUGACUAAUCCCUAUGUGGUGCUGGACAAAACCUUUAGGUGUUGAGUGCUUUCUCUACCUACUUUCAUAGCGCGGGACCAACCCACCACACGUCAUAUACACAUAUAUACAGCUUUCUGCUCCAAACUCAGAAGCUUUUAUUUUUGUUUAGAAGGGAAACAUUUACAGAAUAAAGAUACCAAACCAGAAAUAGUGUGGGGACUUUGUAAAUAGGCUUAAGUUGUUUUUUGAAAUGGUUUUAAAAUUGUAAUGUUACUGUUCUGAUGAUGUUUUGGAGUAAUUCGCUUUGAGAAUCUAACCCAUAUAGUACAGGGGUACACUGAUGAAGGCACUAGCCAAUAGGUGGGUCUUCUUGACUGGUCAGGUGACCCACUUACCUUCUCAUAACUUGCAGAAAUACUAAAACAAAAACUUAGAACACGUUUUGACUAGACUUUAACAAUGUUACUAAUUUUUUUUUUUUAUCUACAUGAGUUUUACGCAAACAAAACUAAACAUUUUAGCCUGCAAUAAUUUCUCUCCUAAACUGUUCUCCUUGUGUGUGGACACACUGCAUUGUAUGAAGAAUAAUGCGCUUACAGUAUUUAAUUAAA